CAGAUUGCAUCACGUUUGACAGCUCAGCUCCCAGCCCCAGUCAGGCACAGCAGCCUUUUACUCCCUGCUCUCCAUUCCCUGUCACAGAGAAACCAUAGGAGAGGAGUCUCUUUCCCUGGAGACUGACUGUGCAAGGCGUGGGUAUGAUGGCUGUGCUGUGGGCGGCUUCCUAUCCCCACACUCCUCCUCUUCCCUCUCAGUGUGUCAGUGCUGAAUGCUCAGUUCUGAGGCUGGAGGUGGCUGCUGCUCUCUCCCCGGCUCCCGUGUAGCAGGAAGUGCCGGCGCCGGGUGACAAUAAGCUACCUCCAACAUGGAAGUGGAUGUUAAGGGAGAUAACAGGACUACCAUUUCUUCUAUACCUCUUACUAGUACAAUAGAACGGAAUUCUCCAUUAAAAGUAGAAGCUGAGAAACCUCGCUGCUCUAGCACGCCAUGCUCCCCGAUCCGUAGGACUGUGUCAGGUUAUCAGAUACUCCACAUGGAUUCAAAUUAUUUGGUUGGAUUUACCACAGGGGAGGAGCUUCUAAAACUGGCUCACAAGUGCGCAGCAACAGAAGAGAAUUCUGGUGAGGCCUUAGCGACAUUCCGCUCCAAGCCACAUGACACCGGACUUUCCCGCUCCUCUCGGAUAUACAAAGCUAAAGGUCGACACUAUCAGCCAUAUGAAAUUCCAGCGAUUAACGGAAGGAGACGAAGGCGAAUGCCAAGCUCAGGUGAUAAGUGCAAUAAAGUUAUUCCUUAUGAGUCUUACAAGGCUGUUCAUGGCCCCUUGCCUCUUUGCCUUCUUAAGGGUAAGAGAAUACAAUCAAAGUCCUUGGACUACCUCAACUUAGACAAGAUGAACAUCAAGGAAAGCGCAGACACGGAGGUCUUGCAGUACCAACUUCAGCAUCUUACUCUGAGGGGUGACCGUGUCUUUGCAAGAAAUAAUACCUGAAAAGGAAGAGCUCUGAUUUCUUUAGCACCUGUCUUGUUGCACAUACGAAAACCACUUUAAGAAACAGAAGCUGUGCUACACAUAAUGGUUGAGUUGUUUAAGUAGCAUUUAGGAAUGUACAACCCAAGUCAAUUGAAAUCGAGCAGCUUGCUGAAGCUAUAGCACUUGGUGUAAAAGUUUUGGUUCAGGUGCAGCAAUUUUCAAGCCAUUUCUACCUUGAAGUAGCAAGACUUUUUCAGUAUGGGAUGACAAUGAAUUAGAAUGAGAUAGUUAUCUAAUUUUUGAAUGAUAUAAGAUAAACUUCGUACUACAUUUGACGGGAAUGAUACACCAGAGGAUUUUACUGAUUUUCCGCUCUACAGUAUGUUAUCGAUGAAAAGUUUAGGCUAAUUAAUCACUAAAAUGUAUGAUACCUGUUUGUGGAUAAGUAUGAUUUAGAACCUGAAAUAUUCAUGAGUAUUUGUUUUAUUGUUUACUUGCUGAAUGUCUUAAAAUGAAUACAUAGUAGUUUUAAUAUAUAGGUGGGGGAAUACUUACAAAAUAGUAAUGCCCUUUCUCACUGCUCAUUCGUUCUACAGAGUCAUACCCACUGCUGAGUUUCGUAGGGGUUGGCUUAUACGUUCCCUUAGAACCCAGUUAUAAUUUCCAGAUACUCCAUUUUAUAUCAUUCUUAAUUCCAGCUUUACUUUGUAGAAUUAAGCAAUAUAUAUAUUUUUAGGAACUUUACAGUGCUUAGAAUACUAGUGAAAUGUGAAUAAGUGCAGUAGCUGUUUUUUAAAGUGUAUCUGAAAUAUAUUAAAUAGGUGACGUGAGUUUAUUUGUGAGAAAAUGGCGAAGAAAAUCUGGUUGCGCUUUAUUGCAGCGCCAUAUUCUAUUUAUAAAAAAAAAAGCUCCAUCUGUCCACAUGGCACACACAAAAAAUUUCACGUAAAUUCUAUUUAAAGGCCAAGUCAGUCUACCCAUACACAGUCUGCUAAAUGCACUCUCUGAUAGAGUAGUGUCGUGCUGCAGUUUCUGCCGCCUUCAUUAAUUCCAUAUAUUUGCAAUGCUGUGUCUGAGACCGGCUAACACGGCCUCAUCACAAACCCAAAGUCAACAAAUUUGCAAUGUUUACCAUUAAAAUCUAUAUUCAAACUUAAUGACUUUUUGUUUGGUAAUGCAGCAAUCUGGUCCUAAACAGUACUGCAUUCCCCCGGGCCAACCUGAACAAAACACAUCCAGCAGGAUACAUAAUUACUGUAGACACGGUAUUAGAAAGAGCAUAAUAAUAAACAGUUAUAGACAGAAUAGACUUUGUCUUUGCAAAGUUAAAGACGUUUUGAUUUUGCAGAUAAGGCACCUUUAAAAAAAAAAAAAAGUCAAUAAUUAUGUCCCCUCGUGUAGAAAUGGGCUGCAAAAUGUUUUCUUUUCUGACAACCUGCUUUACAUGUCACACUGUCACUGGCUUGCUUUCAGAGACGGAAAUGCUUGCUGGGUACGGAUACAGAUAGUACUAGUGUGGGAUUUGUUUAACAAGUGUGGAGCACAGUCCAGUGAUUUUGUUUUUCCUCCUAUUACAGUGUUCUAGGAAGAACAUGUACACAGAUCACAGGUCCCUACAGUAAAUUGCAGCCCUAUUUAUAAUACAUAAUAUGUACUGUACCUAGACAUGUUCAGAGACACAAUUGUCAUAUUAUCCGUACCAAGAGAUGCCUAAUAAUAUUUAAAAAACAAAACAAAAAACAAUUGAACAAUUUAGAUUAAAGUAACCUAAAAGCAAGCUGCUGUUAUUAAUACAUACAUGUUUUUGGGUUCUUAGUGAUAAGAAUAAGAACACAAUCUAGGUCUCAUUCUGUUAUUUAGGCAUUCCCUGGCCGGUAUUCAAUUAGCCCUGAAGAGACAUCGGGAGUAAAAAGCCCCGAUGUUUCUUCAGGUUUUGCGGUCGGGCUAUUCAAUUGGGAUCGACUGUUAAAAAGUGCAUUUUCACCCGAACACACACAGGUUCAGUGAAACCUGUGUGUUUUCGGGUGAAAUAGCUAUUAUUGGGGAUUUUGCUUCGCCUGCCGGAGGCAGGUGAAACAAAACCCCCGAUAAGCCGCGGCACACACCGGCUUAUCAGGGCUAAUUAGCUAGCCCCCCGGCUAUACUUUUCACCCGACAGUAUGUGCGGGUAAUUGAAUAUUCCAGCAUGUCUGAUACAUGAAGUGGUAUGAUUUAUGCGUUUUGUUGACUUAUUUGAGAUUACCAUAAAUACCUCUGGUUUACCUAGAAUUUUAUAAAUGAUUGAAUCCUUCUAUAAUUUAUAUCAUUGGCUUUUCCACCUUGGAAACAAAAAACACUAAUUAGAGCAUUUAAAAACAUGGCAGCAAUUACUUCCAACAGGCCUAAGGGGGCGAUUCAAUUUUUUACCCCACAGCUACCACCAAGGGGCGCAAAAUGGAGCAAUUAAAUUGUUCCGUUUAGACGCCCUGUAGUAGCGGGGCUGACAUUUUUCUUUGCAGCUUCCUGAGGUUCGAAAAAAAACUUGGCACUUUGGGUGUCCAAAUGGGAGUUUGGAUGCCUAAAACAGGGAGUUUAGACGGAUUUAGCCAUUUUAGGUCUGUUAGUGCAGCAUGUGCGUUGUGCAUGGGUGCGGCAUCGCGUUGUUCAUGGGCGCCCAAACAAUUGAAUAGUGACCAUUGUUUGGUCGUCUAAUAAAUCCUGUUUAGACAGGAUUUUUAGACGCCCAAAGCAAUUGAAUCGGCUUUGCCUUCUAAGCAUGUCCAGUCUCAGAUUUUCACAGUAAUGUAAACAUCACAGACAUUGAAGGACUUAAGGCUUUUGAUGUAAUCCUAACGGACAAUGACAUUGUUCAUCUCUGCUGAGCAGGAUGAUAAAAUAAUAUGUUAAUGUAAGACCUUAGCUUGCAGAGUGACAAGAGCCCAGUUAUAUGUAAGAAAUAUAAUACAAUAUUGAAGAAAUCGCUGCUCCUGACUAAAGGAUAAUGGGCUAAAUGUAUGAAGCAGUGAUAUGGGUGCAGAAGUUGCCCAUAGCAACCAAUCAGCUGCUCUGUAUAAUUUUAUAGUAUGCAAAUUAUAAAUGUUACUUCAAUGCUGAUCGGUUGCCAAGGGCAACUUCUCCACUCUUAUCACUGCUUCAUACAUUUACCCCACAAUGUGUUUAUAAUUAUUUGUGGUUGCAUUUCCAAAUGCGCUCUAUUAUAUUGGUGAGACAAUCAUAUAAGGAAUUGUAUUAUAUUAAUUAACCUGCCAGUGGAAAUUAAGUUGACACACAAACUGUCUACACGCUGUGGAGGAAGCCAUUGGGGUCGAUUCUAUUCGGCAACUAAUGAAUAGCGCCGGGAAUUAGCUCCCGACGCUAUUCAAUUCAGCAACUAGUUACGUCGGCGAUGGCCCGUUCUCGCCGACAAAACAGGUUGAAUUGUCGGGGGAACGGGCAUUCUCCGACUUAACUUCCCGGCGCGAGGCUGAUUCCCGACAGAAUCAGCCUCGCGCCGGCCGCGAGGCAGCACUUUUGUCGGGUUUCUCUUCUCAUCCCCCGGGGAUGAGAGAAGAAUUCCCGACAAUUGCAGGUAAUUAGUUGCUGAAUUGAAUAGCGUCGGGAGCUAAUUCCCGGCACUAUUCAUUAGUUGCCGAAUAGAAUCGACCCCAUUGUGUUUGCUGAACCAAGGUCCAUUAAAGUGCAGUUCACUAGGAACUGUUGACUUGGUGAUGUAUAGGCUAUAAGUACAGUUUAAGAAUAAGAGGUGCCUUUGUUGCAUGUAUAAUUUUGAUACAGUAGCCAAUAGCUUUAUCUCACACACAAACAUACAGUUUAUUUAAAAGACUUUUAACAGCAGCAUGUAUGACCAUUUCUUGCCCAAUAUAAAUAUAAAUGUGGAGUAGACAAUAUAUUUCUUAUACAUUUUUAAGCACUGCUACUGUAGGUUCUUGUCUUUCUAUCAGGAGAUACUCAUUCCAUCCUUAGGCUGACCAGUGAGCCAUUUAGCUCCAGCAGGAUACACUGGGCAUACAGUAGGGUUUCCACUAACUUUCUACUAGUUAAUAAGAGGUUGUAAUGUUUUACAUGAUGAUUGCACUGAAGUUCUAUUUUUCUUGAGAUUAGCUUAGUUUAGGUUAUUAUCAAUGUUAGUAUUUAUUGCAGGGAUAGUACUGUUCUCUCUGUUGUAUAGCUGCAAAUCCCACAUCAGCCACUGUCACUGUUCUAGGGUGUGAAUUUAUGUAUUGUUAAUCACAUGAAAAAGUGAUACAGUUUAAUAAUAGAAGCAGAACUGCUUACAUCUUAUUUUUCAGUCUCUCAGCUGGUCUACAAAGAGGUUGGACCAUCCAUGUAGCAAGGAAAUUCUGCCUUUGUGAAAAGCGUGCUAUUCAAACUGAAAAGUUGCCAAGAAACCAAGUAUGAUAAUAGCAGAGCUAGUUUCCUAGCUAGCAGAUUAAUGAAUAGCAACAUAUAACUGGGAACAAUGAGAAAAUUCCUCAUCAUUUUUUCUGCAGCAUUUGGGAUGAACCGACCUUUCCUGAGAGAGAUGUAGAAAAUAAACUAUUUAUGCCACUGUUGGUACCAGACUACAUUUUAUAUGGGUAUGUUAACACAUUUAUAUAUGUUGACAAGCUUUUAAAUCUACAGCAUGAUCCAAUCCCCCAUAACGUAUUCCAAAUACAUAGUAAGCUGACAUGUCAUCACUGAUUGCGGCGGCAAACUAUUUUAGAACAAAACUUUAUUAACAGAUUUUUAAACAUGUAAACACGCAUUUUUUUAGUACAUUAAUUAGACAAUCUUGGGGUCAUAACCUCAGGGCUUUAUUGGACACUAAACCUACAAUGCAGGUUGCCUUAUAUAAAUGAGUUGCUAACAGCAUUACAUGUAUAACAUUUUAUGUGUGUAUGUAAAAGGUCUCUUACAUUGAUAGGACUGGAGAUAUUUUGUGUGUGUGUGUGUGUGUGUGUGUGUAUAUAUAUUUGUUGUGCUUCAGUGGUGCAACCUACUGUUCUCUCUUACCAGAUACAUUCUGCUGAAAUACGCUGUAGCGUGACUUCGUUUAGAACCAUUGUAGACAUAUGAGUCUUUUCUACUGGCCCAUAGCAGAAAUAACCACAGAUUUCUCUUCAAUUCACUGACCUCUGUGUAGCAUGAAAGCUUGCCAUAUUGUAAUGAGUUAUUUCUGCAUUAUAUGCCAGUGUAGACUGAUAAAACUUGAACAUACAAUGGUAGUGCAGUACACUGGGUCACGUGCUAGACCUUCGUGGUCAAUGUUGCCAGCCCUACUCAGUCUUUCAGCGGCAGUGGAUAAUGGUUUGCAGUAAGGUGACUAACGAGGUUGCAUAUACUGUCAAAAAAUGUUAACUCUAGUUAUGGCAUGGCAAGUUUUGCAUAUAUAUAUUACUAUUCCAAGAUGCCUUUUUUUAAUGCAAAAACUGGCGUUUUAGUGACCAUUUAAAAAUUGCAGCUUCCCCCUUAAUGGUAUCCCAGUUCCAGCACUUUAUUUGAGUGAUUGUUCUAUAAAUCUAUAUGAAGUGUUUGGCUAGUCUACAAUACACUAAAGAGUUCAAUAUUAUCUACACUUACUAGCAGGUGAUACGUAUACUGUACAGGAGAAGCAGAUUCUGUCAUGAUAUAGUUAGUUAUGGUGUGUUUUGCAGUUGUAUAACCAUUCCAUGUAACAUUCUUAGCAUACAGGGUUCUCUUCCAGCCAGUCUAGUUGAUGAAUGAUGAUAUUCUGGCAUAUUUGUAUUUAUUCAGAGGCACUUGUAAUACAUACAAGUAUUUCUGCAUUAUAUUAUUUAUUUACUGUGGCUGUUUGUAAGAAAGCCCAGUUUCAGUUGAUACUAAUUGGUUUGGUUACUUAUGACCCUUGAAAUCAGUUUAAAAAAUGCAUUUUGUCAUAUUUUAUUGUAUUGGUGAAUGAUUUACAAUGAUUUCUGUUUAACUUGGCUGUUAACCGUUAACCAAAAUACAAAUGUAAAUAAAAAAAGAAAACAGUU